CUGGAAACAGAUGUCCUGAACACUAAGGAGUGUGGCAGGCCAUAAAGUCAGAGGAGGAAACAUUUUCUUCUUUUUGAGAAGUCUCAUCAGCACUUUCACAAUGAUUUCCAGUUUGAAACAUACUUUUAUUACUACUGUUUUCUUCCUGGAUAUUGAAAUGUACAUUUGCACGUGUGCACGAGCUGAAUAUGAGAUAAAUGGAGAAUGCUGUCCCAUGUGUCCACCAGGAGGCCGUGUUUUUAGACAUUGCACUGAAUUCACCAGCACAACAUGCAAACAAUGUGUUGGUUUAACUUACACGGAUGAACCCAAUGGCCUUGCAAACUGCAUUAGCUGUACGGUGUGUGAUGCUGGACAGGGAUUAAGAAUAAAAACGGCCUGUACACGGACUUCAGAUACAGUUUGUGAGCCACUGGAGGGAUUUUACUGUACUGAUGAAUACAGCGUCAGCUGCAGAUAUGCAGUGGAACACACAAAAUGUAGCCCUGGACAAUACAUAAAACAGAAAGGAACAGCAUUAAAAGAUGCUGAAUGUGCAGAGUGUGCAGAUGGGACCUACUCUAAUGGCUCCCUUCAAAUUUGUAAACCACAUUCAUUGUGUGAAGAUUUUGAACUUACAGAAAUAACAAAAGGGACAAAUUCUUUGGAUGCUGAAUGUGGAAAAAAACUUCCAGUAGCUCUAAUAGCUGGAGUCUCCCUAGUUAUGGUUGUAGUUUUGGUUGGAUUUCUUAUUGCUAUUGUGAGAAUGCGAAGGAAAUGCCAACUUAGAGAUGGUACUUAGAGGAAAACAAGACACGAGCCAGAUGGAAGUGCUGCUUUAUGUUUACAGGCAAUAUUUUAAAAAUGUUCUAUUCAUUCAUUUUUUGUUUUCUCUUCUUUUUACAAAACACAUAUUUACUUUACCAAAGCACAGGUAAGAAGCAAUAUGAGAUAGUAUGCAGAAUGUGUAUUCAGAACAAAAUGAUCUAUUAUUUUAUAAUUAUUAUAAAUUAUAUAUCUAUUAUUUUUAACUAUAAAUAAUUCUAUCUUUUCUCAUAUAUUUUGAUAAAUCUGGCUAACACUAGAGGAGAUUUUAUUACAUUUAGUGGUAUCUUUACAUCUUUCAUUUCUAUCAUCUUUCUUCUUGUCUUAGAAAGGAAACAUGUGUUUUUAAUCACACUGAUCAUGGGGCUUCUCCAGGUGAAGAUGACCAUGGAAAACAGUUUUGUGAUCCACAGGAGCAAGAGCUCACAAACAUUAGAAGUGCUGUAAUGUGAUCGUGGAUAGUAUUUCUUGAAUCUUGCAUGCGAUGGUAAAACAUUCAGGGCAACUUUUCUUUAGUGCACAUGAACAUCAUCUUUCUUCAUUAAGGAAAAGAAAUUAAAAAAGGCUUCUAGAAACAUGUAGGGACUAAUAGACCAACUGUUUUGACCUGUUUCAGUCAUAUUUAUGACCAUAAGUUUUGACCAUUGGAAUGGAACCAAUGCAUGCAAAACUAUAUAUAGGAGAUCUGCAGUCAGCACAGAUGUUGCCAUUGUCAAAUCUAACAAUAGCAGACAUUUGCAUUUAAUCCACAGUCCAUCUCAGUAUACCAGUGAGAGUCUGAUGGUUGUAAAGUGUAAUGUUUGUACUUUGUAGCUUGAUGGGCUGACAAAAUGAAAAUUAAAAAUACAUUUUCUCAACUCUGUCCAAGUAAGUCAACAGCAGUAUUCACUCAAUUCAUCAAAUUUUAUAAAUAGAGCCAAUUUGGUUUGGCAAGGUUACAAGCUAAACCCCAGGGAAUUGUGUAGCCUAGGUAGAUAUGUAGAUUUGACCAGCAGAUGUGUACAAGAUAAUUAUUACUAUAAAAAUCCAAAGCAAAGUAACAACCAUUAAACCUGUACACUGUUAACCAACAAAUGCUCUGAGGUAACGAGCUGAGAUUAGGAGCACUUACUUUAAGAGCAUGCUCCUAAUCUCAAUCUCAGCUUGUUACCUGUAUAAAAGACAUCAGGGAGCCAGAAAUCUUGCUAUUUGAUGGGGAGUCAAAUACUUAUUUCACUCAUUAAAAUGUAAAUCAAUGUAUAACUUUUUUGAUCUGCAUUUUUCUGGAUUUCUUUUUUGUUAUUCUGUCUUUCACUGUUAAAAUAAACCUACCAUUAAAAUUGUAGACUGACAGUCAGUGGGCAAACGGACAAAAUCAGCAGGGGUUUAAAUAAUUUAUCCCCUCACUGUAACUAGCCAGCCACCCUAGCAAUUAUAACUGCACUUGACAAAGAAUGGAGGGUUUUGGUGGUAUCCAAAUUCUCAGUUGAUAGCUGGUAAAAAAAUAUUUUCAAAAGUUAUUGUUGCAUCCCACAGACCAGCAGACUGAAUGCAUAUUGAUACCAUUCAGAGACUUAUGAUGAAUCGUAAAUGAUUCAUCAUAAGUUUUAUGGCAGCAUACAAUGAUGUCACUUCUCACAGUAACAUCAGCACUCGAUUAUCUACAUUGUCUACAAGAAAAUUUGCUUUGAAAUACAAUGCGUACAAAGGGUACACUGCAGCUGUUUUUUUGCUGAUUGCACAUUCACUUCUGUUACUUGCUAAGAGUGUAAGGUGUAAUUGUGAAACACCUCUCAUAACCCUUCUGCAGACCUCAUCUGAAUUCCUAUACAAAUUAGGAGCGCCAAGUCAAGUUGACCUUGUUUUUUAUAAGCAGUCAAAACAGACAAAGUAUAUAUGAUAGCCUUUUUUUUCACCUUUUGCCUAACCUUUUUACAACAUUAACAUAUAUUUUGCAAAAAAAUGUAAUAUUUGGUAUAAUAAACCUCUAAUAUACAAAAAUGCCUCAUUUUGUAGUAAAAAACAAUAAAAAAAAACAAAUUUUGAAUUAUUUUCACUAUAGAGGCACAAAGGUUAAUGAACAAUUACAGGCUGGUAUAUUUCAAAGCCAAGAGAAACCAUUUUUAAUGUCAGCAAAUAAUAAAACCUGUUUUUUUCCAGGUCAAAUUGACUUGAAUUCUUAUAAAUCAAAAAUUAUACAAUUAUCACCAUUCUGUGUGAUCAGCUUACAUUUGUGAACAUUUUGUGGAAUUAUGACACAUUAAACUUUCCAAAUGAGUCAAAUAGACCCCAGGUCUGCAGAAGGGUUAACCAUGAUGCUAACUUUGCACACAUUACAAACUGUACCACUGUUUCUGGUAUAUACUAUUGUGCAUAUUGAAAAAAUGUCUGUCAAGUACUAAUGUUGUCUAUUGUAUAUAUUUUUGUAAUGGUCAGUGAAAAAAAAAAAAAAUCUUAUAAAAUAAAUCUAUAUGGUAUAACAGAA